UUGUUUCGCUGCUUUUUCGCCGCCGUCUUUUGCCAGCUUUUCUUCAUUAUUUUUCGGGGGUACGACAGCAACACCGCUGAGGCUGCCAGUGUAUAAAUGGUAGCGCACCAGCCGUAUCGCAUUUCAGUCUACGUUGGACUUUGGCGCGGUUCGCACACGCAGCGUAUACGUAACGCAAUCACAUUCAAGGGUUAAACAGUCGGCACCGCCACUUGGCAAUGCCCAUGUGAAUGCGAAUGUAAAUGCGAAUGUGUGUGAGUGCGAGUGCGGGUACGAGUGUUUACAGUUCUGAUCGUUUGCCGCGUUGUCGCUCUUCCAUUUAUGUGCGAGAGUGCGAAGAGAGUGAGUAGCGAGUAUUCACAAUAAAUGUAAUUUGAAUUCGUGCGCAUCACUUCAAAUAUAACGGUAUUUUGAAUUAAAAACUUACAAGCAAAAAAAUAAAAAUAAAAGCUUGUUCAAUACAAUAUUGAAUUUGAAAAUUGCAGAAGACAAUUUAUGUAUAAAUGUGCAGAGCUCAUAUCUAAGUGAUUUUUGGCAAAUACUCUGCACAUAAAUAAGAGGGCAAAGGACAACACGCACCCUUCUCGAGCUGAAAGGGAUUUGCUAGAAGAAAUCGUAAGAAAAUAAAGAAACGUAAAGAAGAGCGAAAGAAAAUCAAUAAUAGACGCAUGUAAGAGGAUAUCCUCGCCAUUGACCACACAGCGAAGGCGACGCAAUAUGGCCUCUACAACAACAACAACUACAACAACAACAAGAAACGGGACAGGGCAGUCAACUUUGCCAUUGUUAUUAUUGUUGCUGCACGAAAGUGGCCACUAGAUUGCAUCCCUUGUGCAAACAUCGCCGCGGCCAUGUCAGACAGAUACCCGGCCAGCUACUACGAGCAGCUGCAUCCGGCUCAGGCUCAGGCUCAGGCCCAGGCGCAGGCGCAGGCAGCCAUGUCGCACUAUGCGCCGCCCGGCUAUCGCGGCGGCUAUGGCGGCGCCUAUAAUCCCUAUGGCUAUGGCUAUGCCAGCCCCGGCGCUGGCUCCUAUUUGCCCAGCUAUUAUCGCUAUGCGCCGUAUGCCUCGCCACACUACAGUCAGCACGCGCCCUCGCAUCAUGCGGGCAUGUUCACGGCCGCUGGCCAGCAGCUGAUACCCUCCAGUGUGCUCCACUAUCCGCCACGCCCACAUCCGCACAUGCAGCACGCCUAUCAGGCACAGCAGUCGACCAGCGUCGGCGGCGGCGGCGGCGGCGGCUACGAGCAGCCGGCGCCUGCGCUCUACAGUGCUUCCGGCUAUGGACAGGCACGUGGCUUUGCCGCCUAUCAGCCAGCCACGCCCACACACUAUGCACCGCCCGGACGGUCCACAACGCCGGCGCCCAAUCGUACAGUGAUGCCACCCAAUUAUCUGGAACCAUUGCGCAGCUACACGGAGCAGCAUCAGCAGCAGCAACUGGCGGCGGCAGCGCAGCCAAAGCUGGAGGAGACGCUGCCGGAGCAACAGAUCAAGCUGGAGCACGAAACGGAGGCGACAUCGCCGUCGCAGCGGCUGACCACGUCGCCGCCAAUGAUCAGUGCCACCGGCACGGACAGCGGCAUCAGCAAUUGCAGCACACGCGCCCGCAGCGACAGCAGCCAGAGCACGCCCGUCUACAGUGGCGAGUAUCCCGUUAAUAUGUCUGUGGAGUCUGCUUCCUGUGUCUCGUAUCACUGUUCCGCCGAUGGCAGGGACUACGAGGAGGAGCAACAGCAGCAGCAACAGCAGCAGCAGCAACAGCAACAGCAGCAGGAGGAGCACAAGGCAACGGCUGUUGCCACGCCCCCCAUAAUGAACGAUGACAUAAGCGCGACAGCAGCGACGUCGACGUCAACGUUGAUGUCGAUGUCAGCGUCGCCGCCAACAGCAACGCCUAUUGUGAAUGAUAUUGAUAAGGCGGCGAGCGCCGAGCAGCCGGAAGUUGUGAGGCGUGCGGAAAUCAAUUUGACGAAGCCCAACAAGCAGACGUCAACAACGCCACAGGAUAUUGCCGAGCAGCAGCCAGCAUCUAAUCACAUCAACGAGGAUGCAGCUGAGCAACACCAGCAGCAGCAGCAGCAGCAGCAGCAGCAACAGCAGCAGCAGCAGCAGCCAGCAACAAACAGCUGGAGUCCAACGUUGCGUCGGCCGCGCACUCCGCCCGCGCCGCAGAACUCGCCGGUGGGCUACGGCCUGGCAGCGCCCACUGUGCCACCUGCGCUGGCGCCACUGCUGCAGCAGCAGCAGCAGCAGCAGCAGCCAGUGAGCAGCAAACGAAAUGCGACGCCCAAAAAUCGCAGCAGCAGCAACCACAACAACAACAACAACCACAACAGCAACAAUCGCAUCAUCGAAUGCGAUCUCAUACCGAGCAAGAAAUCAAAGCGCAAAGCGAGCAAAAGGGAAACGGAAACGGAGAAUGUGGAAGCAACGGAAUCCACGGUGCGGGAGCAAAUAAGGGAUAUAAAGCCUUUGCCUGGCUUUCAGCAGGCGUUUGGCUCCACCGAAAUAGGCCGCUUCUCCGAGCGGUUUCUGCAAACGCCCGAGAGUCUCGUCGAGCGGCUGGCCGAGGAAUAUGCCACAAACGGCAGCGGCAGCGGCAGCGCCAGCCAUGGCUACUAUGAUGCCACAAACGCGGCUGGUGGCAUGCAACACUACUGGCCGUACGAGGAGCAGCAGCACGGCUAUGGCUACCACAGCCAGAUGCAGAUGUCUUCGCGCAGUCGUAUGCGUGGCCAGCUAUAUCCGUAUCCGGACUACGCGGCGUAUGAGCGUUACGGCUAUGCGGCCUACAGUGCGAGCAGAACGCGCUACGGCGAAAUACGCUGCAAUGGCUACUAGUAAACGCCACACACACACACACAUGCAUAGUUAUAUAGUAUUUAGAUAUAUAUAUAUAGAUAUGUAGUUGUGUCCGAGUCGUUUGUCAUUUAAAAUUCUCUCUGUGUGUGCCUUUUUCGGUCAAAAUUCGGCAAUGCCCGCCACAGAUGUAGAGUAUUUAUUGCGGGCAUUGCUGGCGAUGAUUGCGUGCAAAAUUCAUUUUAAACAAAAACAAAAAACCAAAACAGGCCAAAUUGUAAAAAAACAAAAACCUAAACUUAAGUAGUUGAAUGUUUUACAAAAAACGCAGCCAAACCAAUAUUUGUUUGGCCUGUUGAGCACUUUGUCCCACUGUACAUACACCGUAGAGCAAUGCAUUUCGUUAAUACUCUUCCUAACCUUUACUUUUCUUCGUGUGUCUGGGUUUUUUUGUCCAUUAACUCAUUUUGCAAUCUUAAGUAGUCGAUUUUGCUUGCCAACUCAAGGCUAGGCCCAAAGUUAUAGUUAGUAAAAGAUGUGCCAUUGAAAAGGAAAACUUUAAUGCGAGUACACACUUUAUAAGGUAUUUACGUUUUUAGUUAAUUAUAUACAACAAGGUAAUUUUAAAUAGCUGUUAAAGCCAAGCACUAAAUGUUUAAAACUUCUAUCAAAUAACCACCGCACACUUUUCUUUUUGUACUUGUCCACAUUUUUAAUUUAAUUUUGAAUUCAUUUCGAUUUAAGUGCCUUAAUUUAGUUUCACGUUCAGAAAAGAAAAAAAUAGGGAAAAAUACUAUAUUAAUGAGAUUUGUAAAAAUUCUAUCAGUUUUAUGUAUAACAACCAGUUCAGGUUUCAGAAGGGCCCAAAAACAAAAUAAAAAUAAAUCGAAAGCACAACCAAAACUCCAAAAAACACACAACGAUUAACAUUCAAAAAUGUUUUUUAGUCAAAGCAUAGAAAAGCCAUUGCAAACAAAAAAUACAAUUAGUUGUUAAUUAAACAAAUUAAAUUAAUCACAAGCAAAAAACGGAAAACAACAGAA